UUAUGCCUAUUUCUGAUGACAGGAAAGUUAAUGUGUCUCACCGCGAGCAGAUGGCCACCAUGAGUUUUCUGACUGCACUGCCAUCUCAAUAUGCGGCUGCUCGAUCACAAAUUUUGUCGGGAGCUGACAUCCCCUCUCUUGAAGAAGCUUUCUCUCGUGUACUGAGAACUGAACAAAACCCUUCCUCAACUCCCAUUCCACCUACUAGUGCAUUACUCAGUCGAGGCCAGAAUGACAAUCGAGGGCUCCCUAGUCGUAGUGGUCCGAAACCAGGAGGUGGUAAUCAGGAGCCCAAGGAAGUGAUAUGUUAUUACUGCAAGGAACCGGGACAUACUAAACGCACAUGUCGUAAGCUGCAAAACAAGCAACAACGACAGAGCUCUGCCCAUGUGGCCACAACAACCAGUGACAUGGUUACUAUCUCAGCUACUGAGUAUGCUCAAUUGAAAUCUGCAAAUCCCCCCGUGAGCACUGCUAGUGCAACAGGAUCUUUUGACGAAGAGGAUUAUUGGUAGGGGCUACGAAUCUGGCGGACAUUACUUCCUUGAUGAUCAGGGGUCUCGUGCGGUGGCUUGUACUGGUGGUGUCACUCCAUUUGAAGCACAUUGUCGUUUGGGUCAUUUAUCUUUAUCUUCUUUA